CCUCCCUCGCCACCUUCCUUCCCUCCCCUCCCUUCCCUCGCUUGCAAAACGAGGAAUAUUUUUUCACUUCCUGGGGUCGGCGGAUGAGCUGCUCCAGCCUCCCACCUCCUCCGAAGGAGCCUGGAGUCGGACAUGUUUCUCUUUUUCUUCCACGAAAGCGCUUUUUCCUCCUUUUUCCAAGGGGGGCUUUGCAGAUCGGGCUCCCCCCGCUCGUCUUAAGACAAUAGGAGGAGGCGGCGGCGAGGCCAUCUUUACGCGCGAUCGUGCGCUUUUGCAACUGGCCUCUCCAAACGCCCGGACGGGAAAAGAGCGCAGCUGCUAUUCCAUAUAUUAAUAUUAUUUUUUUGCAAGUUACUUUCUGGCUGUUCAUUUCCCCCCCUGCAAAGUGCGCGGCCUGCGGUUGGGGAUCGAGACUUGCAUCUCCCGUCUUGCAAUUUUCGCAUCCCGAAUAAAUCGUCGGGGAUCCUUUUUCGGAUAGCAGAUCGCGCUGGAGGACACCCCGUCUACCUCCCUUUUAAAUAAUGAUGAUGAUGAUAAUGAUGUAAAGCGACGCCCGCAAGGGGAAAGGGGGUCGUUGACGCGGGUUUGCUCCGUUCUCACGUGAAGGAAUGCACGGAAGGCCCGGCGCUUUAGCGGAAAGGAAAGAAGGGUGAAAGUGGUCGCGGAGGUGUAAAGGAGCAAGAAUCCGAAAAGGGGGGAAAGGAAGGAGAGGGGCCGGAUCCUGAUCGCUCGUUGACCAUGGGAGAUCCUCGGAGCAACAGCCAAAGGAUUUUGACACCUGUUGCGGGACGAACUUUUCUCCAAACAAAAGAGCAGCUUUGCCAAGGCAGAACUUGAGGAGACCUCCGUUUUACUCCUGCUCUGAUCCGAAACAGAGCAUUACUCGUAUGAAUUUUCUGGUUGUGAAGCUGCUGAAGACCCUUGCCAGACCUGCCCCUAUGUAACUGUUAAAUCCUCAGCACUGUGAACUGCAGAGAAUGUCGCCAUCAAACCACAAGAGCUCAGCUGAACGUAAGACAAAAGCACUGUAUUGUUCCUGGAAAGGUCAACUCUUCAUUCAGCAACAGCGACUGUGUGACAUUGUUCUUCGUUCACCGUUUAGCGGCUCCAUCCCAGCAGAGUUGCCAGCCAGACUAGAGAUCAGGUAUGUUGUGGGCAUAUCUGAGCUGAGAAAAAAGUUGCCCGAAGCUGUAUUUGGGGAAAACAGUUACACAAAUCAUGAAGGUACCGUUUUAAAAUUAUUCUGCCAUCAAGGCAUUUUGUUCCGAUUAUACGAAGUGGAAAUGUUAAAUCAAAAUGAACAAAAAGUGAAUCAGUUAACGCAGAGCUUGAAGGAAAAAGAUCUGGCACUUGUCAAAUAUUUAAAUGACCGGGCGAUUCUCAUCCUACUUUCCUCAUCUGCCUUGGUAAAGGAAAAAGAUUCUGGCCCAGGCGAAUCUACGUGUCUUCAGGCCUUGUUUUUAAUCUCUUCCCAGAGCCCUAAGUGUUUAACAGCAAAAGAUUUGAAAUGUGAACACGGGGCAAACAAGAGAUAUUCACAAGUCGCUCUGGUUCUGCCAGGGCUCCACCACGCAUUGGUGGAAGCAGCAAAGCAUCCCGUCGACAGCGGAGACCCACUCAGCACUUUGGUGAAGCUGCACCUCCAGGAGUUUGCAAAGCUUGAUAAGAAGAAUUUGCAGCCGUCCACCUGCAGCCUCGAUAGCCCGCCCCUCUCCUCUUUUGAUGAGUUCUCGAAGAAGCCUGAGCUUGAAUCUCUUUCUGAAAAGUGUCCCCAAAGCUCUCUCUUCCGCCUGCAGUUUUACCUGUCUCAUCCCCAAAACUAUGUGCUGGAAAUGUCAACGGCUACCGCUUUCCUACAUGGCAGAACUCGGUCUUCCAGAGGCAGCGGCGGCAGCAGCAACUUGCAGGAGGCCGACACUUCUUCAGGUUUGAAUUUGGACUCUUUGGCAUGCCACGAGCCCAUUGGCACGGUUGAAACGGCCAGGACUCGGCGUGUGGGGCAGCCGGCCCCACAUAGCAAAGAGGCUGAUGUGGAACCCAGUGAGAUGGGAGAGUGGACUUUGGAGCAGCACAAGAGGAAAUCCAGUAGGCUCCUUGUGGCAAAUGCAAGGAAGAAAUUGUCUCCUCCGAAGGAGGUUUCCAGCAAGGAGGACAAAGGAAAGCAGAAAAAAGCCAGAAAGGAAAAUUCGAAUCUCUCCUUGCCAGCUUCCAAAAAUUCAGAAUCGCCUGGCGGCUCUAACGAACCCACCCUUAAAUUAAAAAUUCUUCAGAACCCGCUAAGAAGGAAGAGAGGCGCUGAGGUUUUGUCUGCGGAAUUCGUUCAGCAAGCGCCGUGCGAGUCUGCUGCGAAGGCCGCCCCCUCCUCUGAGAGCCUUGGAGUGGAAGAGAAGAAGUCCCGGGUCUCGAAACCAAAAAAAGACUCCACCGCAGAAAAAGUUUCGAGCGAGAAGAUGAGCACGAGGAACCAAAUGAAGAGGAAAAGUUCCCAUCAGCGGGAGGACGAAAUCCCUCCGGCUAGCGAUGAGAACGAUCCUUCGAGCGAGAGAAGCCCGGCCCAGGAUGCUUCCCCAUCUCCCAAAGUGCUCAACUGCGACUCCCACGCCUUGAACCUGUUGGCCGACCUGGCGCUGAGCUCCAACUCCCCGCUGCUCAGCAACAGCAGUGGCGCCUCCUUGCCCCCCAGCCCUUCCCGGGAGCGCCGCCGCUUGCACAAAGGGAAACAUUCGGACAAGUCUUCGGAUCACGAAUAUCACAGAGUGACGAAGAAGCUGAAAACGGCUCCCUUCUCCGGCAAGACGGGCCCAGAGUCUGAUUUGUCUCCUGAGCAAAGUGGGGAGGGCAGAGAGUCUCCUUCCAGCUCUCAUGAAAACAACCCCGCGGGUUCCAGCAAAAGGCGGGCUGCGAAACCCAGUUUGGCGACACCUCCAAGGGAGAUGGGUUAUCUUUCGGAUUCGAGCAUUCACUCCUUGAUUUCUUCUGAGCACUCGUACGCCUCCCCAGUGUCUGAAUCUUGCAAGAAGGGGGCCCCGGGCACCAAGAACGGUGUCAAGAAUGCCAGGCUGGGGCCUUUAGUUGGGAAAGUCAUGCCUUUCCGGCACCAGCAGAGGAUCUGCCACCCUCACAAGCAGUUGAGGGGCUACAUACCAUUCACGCGCUCUGCCGUCAUGGCCGCGAGGUUGAAGGAAGACUUCUCCAAGUCCCAUAAAGUGACCUUUUGUGACAAAACUGUCAAAGUGACUUUCCAGUGGGAGGCAGACUACCCCCCCAACUUAGAUAGCAAAUACACUAAUAAUAUCUUAGAGAGAACAGUAGUUCGAGCUGUACACGGGCCCUGGGACACCCGCUUGUUGGACGAUUCGGAUGAAAUGAUGCGCAUCCUGCAUAUGUGGGUGGCGCUGUUUUAUAACAAGCCGUUCAGAUCCCCUACAAUAAGGAACGUGGUCGAACACCGCAACCCUCCCAAAUUCGUCUCACUGAGAAGCAUCGUGGAUGCCUUUGAAGUCAUCGACGACGAUUGCGAGGGGCCGUACAGUUUGGAGAAAUGCCCCGCGGACUCUCUAUCCGAUGAUAACCGGACGCCCAGAGAAGCAGACGAGAGGGCGGUUUCUUCCUCGGAGAAGCCCCUCUCCUGUAAUGAACUGUCCUCUACGAAUUGCAUCGAUGAGGCUCCCAUCGUUAUCCCUGAUGACCCCAGUGAUCUGCCUGAGGAGGAGGAGGAAGAGUCCCAUGCUGCUGCCGGCAAACCGAAAGAGAAGGUUAAUCCUUCUGACAAAGUGGCUGUGGAGAAACCUGAUGAAGAACUCACACCUGAUCCUGCCCUCUCCGCAGAGAGCCAGAGCAGAAGCUUGACAGAUGAGCAUACCGAAGGGCGUUCGAGGCCUCAGGAGCGUGGAACUGAUGCGGAGGCGACUGCGAGUGUCGACUUAGCUGAGGUUUCCCAAAGCGAUGCUGCUUCCAAGGAUGCGGAAGUCCUGGAGAAUUCAGCCAGCAAACAGCCUAGUGCGAACACGAUGGCCGGUGGCAUUUCUGCAGAGAUUUCUGAAUUAAAGGCUUCCUCUCCUUCUGCAGAGAAGGAGGAGGACAGCCCACAGAGCGGUGGCGCUGUGUUGCUACGUCCUGCUGAAAUAGGCUGGUUAGAAGCAGACAGUGAUUGUGGGGAAGUCAACAAACUGUGUAGAGAGGGGAGGGGGUCACAGGAUCUCCCUGUAGAUGAGGAAGAUAUAGAGGGAGAGAGCACGGGGUGGGAAUCAAUUGAACUUGCUCUUUCGGACAGCAACGAUACUGACUCAGAGCCCCGAGAUAUGGACUUGGACCAAGAGAACAAAGAAGAGGAAGGCUGUCCAAUAGAAGGCAGAGAAGCUGCCAGGGCCUCUACGUCCCCAGUCACUUUUCCACCAUCACCAGCCACAGUUUCCGAGCAUCAGGCAGAAUCACCUGGUACCCAAGAUGACUUUGUACUAUCAACCCCUAGUUCUGCAUCUCUAGACCCAACAGAUGCGGUUAAGGGUUUCUGCCUUUCACAGAAAGAUAGAGAGGACAAUCUGUUGGAUUCCCUUCCAUUACGGACUAGCCCUGUAAAUCAAAUAACCCGUGAUGAAGUAGCCCAGUCUCCAGAGACAGAAGAUGCCGUUGAAUUAGCCAAACAUCCCAUGUCUCCAAACCAAAUGGACGUGGCUGAAAGCACCCGUAGGUCCCAGGAAGAUAACAAAACCAACCUAGAAGAUUCAGCUUCUGCGCAAGCUGCUGAAUUAAAGGAUAUGGCAACUCGAGGAGAAUCUGUAGAGAGUCGAGAUUCUAUUGUACUGGCAAACAGCCCCAAAUUUCCAAGCCCAGUUGGUUCGGACGAUACUUCCUUUGGUUCCACGGAAGAGAAAGGAAUGAAUCUGGCUGAUUCAGUUUCACUGGAGGCGAGUCCUGUCCAUCAAACAAGUCCUGAUGAUGUAAUAGAAUUGCCAACUGCCCAGGAAGACUCUGCGGAGUCAACCAAACAUCACAUAUCCCUAAAUCAAAUGGAUUUGAUUGAAGACAUUUCCCAGGAAGAGGGUAACCUGACCGACCCAAGUCCGCUGAAAACUUGUGGACCAUGUCAAGUGCAGAGCAGCCCACCAGUUCAAGGGGAAUCCACAGGGAAACAAGAAAAUUCUGCUUUAUCAGCUCCAAAUCUUGCACCUGAAAAAGAAAUAGACUUGGUCGCGGGUUCCUGUGUUUCACCGGAAGAGGAAGGAAUCCGCAUGGCUGAAGUGGUUAAGUUGCAGGUUAGUCCUGUCUAUCAAGCAAUAUCUGAUGAAGAGGAAGACUUGCCGGGGAACCAAGAGCGCUCAGCUGAAAAUAGCACACUCACAAAGCAAACACGUUCAGCUGAGGAUUCCUGCAUCCCUGAGGAAAAGGAUGCCCUCCACCUGGUAGGUGUGGCUCCAUUGCAAGCAAAUGAACUGCGGUGCAACACAGCCACUCAAGAGGAACGGAAGGCCAGGCAGACAACAGAACGACUUGGCAAUUCUCAGGGCCAGAGCUGGCAUUUGGAUAAUGAAGAAUCGGACACCAGUACCGACAAUCAAAAGUGUGGCGUUAACAGUGAGGACAUUGAAGUCUCUCCUGCGCCCCGAGAAUCGGCAUCUGAUGAUGAUAAGCUAAGCCAAGCUGUAGUUACUGUGCCUGAAGACAUCAGGUCCUUUCUCUAUGAGUUGAUAGACACUGUGAGUGGCAUGAUGGCCGUGAGCAAAGAAACCGCCUUUGCGAAAGAGAAUCCAGCCUUAAACUGGAUUAGUUCCGUCACCCUUGAGUGUGUGACCCCUCCUGAGAGUGAUGAAGAGAGUUAUGCCACUGACAAGCUUGCCCAUUAUGACCCCAAAUGGGCGAUGACAGGUGACUCUUUAGCACAGCCUAGCAACAAGAGAGACUCUCACAUGGCUGUACAAAGAUAUGGGUGGUAUCAUUCAGCACUGCAGGGAAGCAUAAGUUCCGGUCAAGUGGCUGAAAAGAAGUCUCAUCAAGAGACAGGAGCUGCUACGGACACCCUGGAAAGUUCUUGCUGUCCAGAGUGGGAAGACACAGGCAUAAGAAGUCCAGAACGCCAGUUCCCCUUGAUCCAAACAGCUGCGUUGUGUGGGGUUGACCCAGGACAAGUUAGUUCGGAAGCAUCCAUGUUUGAGGACCAGCUCAGGAAGGCAGGCAGAGAAGUGCUGCCCUUUGUGCCGUCAGUGCGUCCUACGGAAUGUUUAUCCGAAGAAUCUGGGUCAUCUGCACAUAAAGACACACAUGAUCUGUAUAAAAACCCGGUGGAGAAUCUGGAGGACCCUGAAGAUGCUCCGGCCGGUGAAAGACCCGUCUCAUUUGUCGGAGCUACGGGCGUGAAUAUAAAUUGGGAAAAUAAAUGUGUUUCUGUGGACGGUGUCCCAGAACUUUGCGGAGAUGUGCAUCCCAGAGGUCAGCCUGAGAUACCGUCUACAAGAUCUGCUGCCUCGCCAGAUGCCAUGGAAAUGAGUUGCGCCAGUGAUUUGAGCUGUGAGAACGAGCUUCACAAGGGUGAAGGCUGGGUGUAUCUGGAAAACAAGGUGACAGUGCCUGAUGUUGAGGCUGAGACUAUCCAGUACGACUGGCCGUCCUCAUUCAGGGAAGGCGAUAGGUCUGUGCUGCCUUCUCCCGAAGAGUCGGGACCUCUAAAGGACUAUUUAAACUUUACUAUAACCAAGAAGCACCAAGAAAAAAACCGAAGCUUUCAGUCUUCCAAGAGGCGUAGCCCUUUUUUCGGAGAGCAGGAAUGGAAAAACUUCUCCGAUAGGGCUUGGAGGGUUCUGAACGACCCCAUUCAGAGCACUUUAGAUAUGGAGUGUCUGCGUUUCCACGAUAAGCUAAAACAUACCCUAAAGAAACCACAACCUCCUACCUCUGGCGAAGGUACACCGGAGCGCGUGCUUCAGGUAACGGCAGAGACGUUGCCAUCGAGAAAGGUCCCUGAAGCUCCUGAGCUCAGUGUGCCACCCAGGAGCCGAAGCCCGCUUCUGAUAACUAUUUUGAACCGGGGCCCGAGGCACAGUGCCCCACACGGCACCCCCAGGAGCAGACACAGCGACCCUUUUGAACCUCCUCCCCCGUUUGCUUCUGCACAGGAAUCGGUGAGCAAUGCUGCUAGAACGAAAGGUCAAGGAAAAGGGCCGGGUGCUCCUUUCCACCUCAACAAGUUAACGUACAAUAAUAAGCUAAAGGAUUCCCGAGGAGACAUAUCGGUCAUCAUGGACGAGUUUGCCGAAUUGAGCAGGUUGAUGACGCAGGGCGACAGGCAGGCGAGUUUCGCGGCCCGAGAGCCAAAUCCUACCUCAGAAGAUGCUCUGGAGAAAAGGGGUCCCUCCUUGCCUCGGAGGACGACGUCCUACGAGCACCUCUUCACCGAACUCUGCAGCACACUACAUUUCAAGCUGAAAACGGUUGCCCAGGAAGCUUGCAAAAAGCCUUACGCAUUCUACCUGGUGGAAACAGGCGACAGUCCUUUCUUUGGGAGACUAAAGAACUUGCUGAAAAAAGGGAGUCAUGUGGAAAUGAAGCCUCUGCAUUUUUGUAAGACAAGCCACCCCGAGGGAGACAGACUGAUGGUCAUCAUUAGGAAUGAGGACAUAUACCCACACAUAUAUAAAAUCCCGUCCUUGCUGAGGCUAAAGCGCUUUCCCAGCGUGACCUUUGUGGGAGUGGACAACCCUGAGGACAUCUUUGACAACACGCAUCAGGAGCUGUUCCACAGCGGGGGCUUCGUGGUGUCUGACGACAAAGUGCUUGAGGCGAUGACAGUAGGGGAGCUGAAGGACGCUGCCAAAACCUUGGAGAAGCUCAACUGCAGCCACGGCAGAUGGAGCUGGCUCCUUCACUACAAAGAGACCAAGAGACUCCGAGAGGACGCCAGGAAGGACCCUGCAGCUCACGCCAAGGAGAUGCUCCUGAAAUCCUGCCAGGGUUCCAACAUCACCGAAGUUCUCCACUACCAUCAGUGCGAUUCCAAGUCUUCCCCGAGAUCCGAGCAUCUGAAUUGCUUGCUGAACUUGCAGGUUCAGCACAUCAGCAGGAGAUUUGCCGUAUUCCUCACAGAGAAACCCAGCGCCAGCCGAGAAACCAUGGAGAAUAAGGGGAUCCUGGUGCUGGAUGUAAAUACUUUCGUGGCGACGGCUGAAAGUUUGGCAGCACCGUUUAGAAGUGGCUGUUGGUAACCCAGACAGAUGCCUUCCUGACCUUCCAUGGUCCUGGCGCAGAACGCUGAACAAACCUGUUCAGUCCCAGGAGAGAAAUUAUUAUUUUUUUCUGCUUCCUGACUUGCACAAUAAAAAUUGUGCCUCAUGCAUAGGAUGUUUUCUUUCCUUGUUCUUCCCCACUCCAUCCUUGAAUAGAACGGUAGCUGUUUUAUUUAAGGGCUGCUGUUUUAUUUAAGGGCUGUAGAGAAAAGUCGUCUUUAUUUAACCACAAUGUGGAAAAACCUUGUAAGAAAAUUAUUUGUGUUAUUAUUGAUAGGAAUUGUCUUGCAUAGGAAGAAGCGUUAUAAUGACUGGGUUGUGCAGCUAAUUAUCAUUGUGGGGUGGGGCAGGGGAGGGAGGGAAAACCUGUGUUACUUGAAGGUUUAGGAAUCAGUCUGUUGGAGAGUUUUUCCAGACAUACGGUACCUAACAGGCUCCAUCCACCUGGAGCUUCACUGCUAUGCUUUUGGACACUGGCUCAGAUUCAUUUAAGCAGUGCAAUGGCAAAGCGGAAUUGAGUCGCAGGUGGAUCGUGAUUGGUGUACUUAAAUCACAAGCAACUUGGGGUCUGGUUUCCCCUUUUUAAAAAUCACAUUAAAACAAGUUACUGUGCAAUGAACGUUACCUUUCAAGGUUUUUUUUAUUCAUCUUUUGCUGAUGGGUAUUAACCAGUAACAAGCAGAACUCCACCCCCCCACCCCCCUUGUAGAUAGCAGAGUUUGAAUUCUUGAAUUAAAAACCUCCUUUCCUCUCUGAACUAUUUAUGGUGUUGCAAUAAAAGGGCCUCCCCGGAUUACAGCACCGACGAGAGGCGGAAAUGUAUCUCUUUGCAGAUUUUUUUUUGUAACUAACAUUUAUAAAUAAAGCUGGAUAAAAAGUU